AUGGAUUUUCAAAAUUCUUAUGCUGAAUCAAGUAAAAAACAAUCAAGCAAUAUUCCUAUGGAUUUUGAUGAUAACAAUUUAAAUCCUACAACUUCUAAUUCUGAAUCUUCUAAUCAAAAUUCUGAUUCUGAAACUAUAACUGGUUCUGAAAUUAAUAAUAAUUCAAUUAGUGAUAAUGAUAAUAAUAUUUCUAUUA